UGCUAACCACUUCACCAGUGACUGUUUUAAGAACCUCGGUCAGUACAGUACGGGACUGGCCCAAAAACUGUUGCUGAUAGAGGGAGCAGUACCAACUAUCCGUUGCAAGACGACAGACACAGAAACUGUAAGUAUUUUUAAGAAUUUAUGCUUUGUUUUUCAUUGUUGGUGUAAUGUUAGCUAAUGCUAACAGCUCUGAGCUGCUGGAGCUGCAGUGAAGCUAACGUAGUUAUUGUUUGUUAGAUGUGUGCAACAUGAAACUUAUAUGGUGACGUUAAUUUAAGCCAGCUGGUGCAGAUGUCUCCAUAUUUUUCCCUGCUGCAAAUUUUUUAUAGAGAUUUACACAAAGUAUAUGCCGUUAAUUACCGGUAAAAUCCCCCCCCCCCCACCGCGGCCGCCGCGGCCACGGCCACGGCCGCCGUUAGCUUUGUGCAGGGGGGACUUGAAGUUACUGUUGUGAGCUUCGUGGUUUAAGCCACAACUAGCUUUAUUUUGUCUGUAUUUUGGUAAAUGUGCAUGCUUUUCAGUAAGUAACUGUUACUAUGUUUGUGUGUGUCGCUGCUAGAAUAAGCAGAGAGGUAACGUUAACCUCCGACCGAACAAACUGCAGCAAUGCAAAAAGCAAGCACAUCUGGACUGCUGGAUAGGGUACAUCAUGUGGCAUGCCAGACAGACCCACCAACAACACGCUCAUUUGGAACACAGCUUUCAAUGAAGACUCUCCAACCUCAUUUCAGAAGUACAGGCACACAGAAAACUGUUUCCUGCACUGAUGUUGGUGUUGGCACCUCAGCUCUUCUGCCGUUUCUUACAUCAACACCUAUAAAGAGACCAAGUAAGAGACGUCGCUUGGAACUGGAGGAGGAGGAAGAGGAGAACCCUUUAGAAGGCAGUUCUGUUGACGUAGAAGAGCCACACGAUUCAACUUAUGACCCUGCAGACUCUGCCACAACCUUGACUGAGUCAGCAGAUGUGACAAUGGAAUCUUCUACGCCUGUCCAUAAGACUCCAACUUAUAUUGUGUAUGAGAACUGCCUAAUGGAGCUGUUUCAGGUGUGCCCUGUGUGUCAGCGGGAAUGUGACAUGCAGAAAAGAAGAUUGGGCACGUUUCUCUCUGUAGAACAGCGGUGCCCGCAUUGUGAGUUCUACAGAAAGUGGAACAGCCAGCCUCUUGUUGGGAGCACUCCUGCUGGGAACCUGCAGCUCUCCACUGCAGUGUACGCCACUGGUGCCUCUUUCUUUAAGCUUGAAAAGAUCUUCCGGGCAAUGCAGUUGAAGAUGUUUCAAUAUGACUCAUUUCGAAGGCAUGCUCGGAUGUACAUAGAGCCCGCGAUUGUACACAGGUGGAAGACGGCACAGACUGCAAUGUUAGAGCAGCUCAGUCAGCUGCAGAAUGUCGUCCUCGGUGGUGACUUGAGAGCAGACUCACCAGGACAUUGUGCCAAGUUUGGCAGCUACACAAUGAUGGACAUGAGGAGCAACACUGUUAUUGAUUUACAGCUGGUUCAAAGUAAUGAGGUUGGUGGAAGCUACCACAUGGAGAAAGAGGGCCUGAAGAGGAGCCUUGCUCUGUUGGAGGAACGGGGUGUUACUAUAGAUAGUAUUGUGACGGACCGUCACCCCCAAAUCCAGAAGUUCCUGAGGGAGGCCGAUGUCACGCAUUACUACGAUGUAUGGCACAUGGAAAAAGGACUGUCCAAGAAACUGUCGAAGAUCUCACAGAACAAGGAGUGUGAGAAACUGAAGAAGUGGCUUCAGAGUAUAAAAAACCACAUCUACUGGACGGCUGCUUCAUCUACAUCGGUGCCAGAGAGAACAGCAAAGUGGAUGUCCAUUCUGAACCACGUCCGGGACAUCCACAACCACGAAGAUCCUGUUUUCCCCCAGUGUUUGCAUCCAACCUGCACUUCAAGGGACAAGAGCAAAUGGUUGACAACAGGAACACCAGCCUUCUGCAGGUUGGAGAAAGUGCUGAGCAACAAGAGGGUCCUCAAAGAUGUGGGGAAGCUGAGCCCUCAUUACCAAACCUCAUCGCUUGAGUCUUUUCACAGCGUCAUCCUACGCUUUGCGCCCAAGAAUGUAGUCUUUCCUUUUCUUGGAAUGCUGUGCAGACUAUACCUGGCAGCCCUGCACUUCAAUGAAAAUGCAGACCGUCCACAGGCAACAACCUCAGCUGGUGAGCCGCUGUUCAGGCUUCAUUUUCCAAAGUGGAAGAAAGGAGAAUGCACAGCAAAGCCAGUGAAGGAGCAACCAACCUUCCAUUACGUGGAUGAAAUCUUGGACCUGGUGUUUGAGAAGGUUUUUCUGGACCCUGGUCCAUACACAGAUGAGGUGUUGAAGAUCUCCAUUCCUGAGGAUCUCACUGCACAGUUUGAAAGGCCGGACAAGAAGGAGGUGAUAGACCGCUACGUGACGAGGUUCAGUCAAGGGCCGGUCUGAACCCCACGUAGAUGCCUUGAGCGUCGGGGAACUCCGCCCGUAUACGCAGCACCACACAGCUGGGCAGUGCCACACGAACUCUUCGGCCCAGAAAGCCCCAACACCAGCUCACAAAGCCCCUAUAGGCCAAGUACCUGUAACGGCUGAACAGAGUACAGAUAUAUUUAGUUUUACAUUUAUAUUUAGACAUAAUUUAUGAUUAGCCACAUUUUUUUGUAAAUAUUUGUAAUACGUAUUUUUUGAACAGUUGUUUGCUGUACUUGUAUUUAUGAAAAUAAAAAUGUAUAAGCUGUU